AUGCGAGCGCGCCGGCUCCAGGUCACGGCCGUGAAGCAGCUGCCUGUAGGAAAGCGAGGAGAGAAGAGGGGGCGGCAGCCUCGGCCCGAACCACAUUCAGCUGCUUGUGAAUUCAGCCAGGGUGGAAUCUGCCAGGUGGACAAGGUGGAGGAAGGAGCCACAGAGUUGAAGCUACAAGAUGGAGAGACUGAGGUCCUGAAUUUGCACUGCGUGUGCUGUGCACUGUGUGUCUGGGAGACGGGGUUGGAGCUUCAAUCCAGAGCCCCUGGGUGUCACCCCAAAAGGCUGUGCUGCUUAUCGGUGGAGGACACCUCCUCUUCAUUUUUUGCUAGCUUUUUGGUGGAAUCUUUAGAGUUUUCUGUACAUAAUAUCUGGAGAAGGAAAUGGCAACCCACUCUAAUAUUCUUGCCUGGAGAAUACCAUGGACAGAAGAACAUGGUGGACUACAAUCCUUGGGUUUGCACAGAGUUGGAGACAACUGAAGCGACUAAACAGCAUACAAAAUAUCAUAUCAUCUAA